AUGCUCUCCUACCUCCUCCUCCUCACCACCCUCCUCUCCCUCAUCCUCCCCUCCAUCGCCAAAUGCCUCUGCGAUGAGACCGCCAACAACGUCGCCCUCAACUUUCAACAUCUCUUCCAAGACUACUCUCCCGAAUACGUCGACACCGUCCUCGCAGUCGACUUCACGGACCAAACCGACAGCGUGGCAUGGUUGAUCAGCAACGGCACGGAUUGUCCAAAGCAACUCGGCGUCCCCACCCUCACCGGCCUCGCAGAGUUCAAAGCCGCGCAAGAAUCCCAACCCAACUUGCCCUUCCCAAUCUUGAACGUCUUCCACAAUUGUGACUCCGUCUUCGUGCGCUGGAAAUUCGACAUUUUGCCGCAGCAAGUUCAGGGUAUUGCAAUCUUGAACACGAUCCCCAACCCCGACUCGCGCGCUGCGAGUGCUCAGCCUUUCUUGAUCAAAAAUGUGUUUUCCGAAUUCAACACUGGUGCUUUUACGCAUAAUCUGGGGUGGUUCAAUGGGACUUCGCCGUGUGAGGGGAGUGAGAAGAGGGAGUGUUUGAAGAAGGGGUGGGCGGUGGGAGUGGCGAUGUGAAUAGGUGGGGUUGGAGAUUGG